AUGAAUUAGAAUCUCAAAUAAUUCUAGCAGCAAGACAUAAGCGAAAAUAUUGCUUCUCCGAUGUCUAAUCAAAGAAUCGUGAGUUCAAAUGCUUCACCAAUGGGUAGAAAUCUUGGAGAAGAAGUCACAGACGAUAUGAUUAGAGAUGAAACAAACUAAGAGGGAAGAUUCUAAGAUGUUGUGUCAGCUGAAUUCACGGAAAGCUAUUUAAAAAACCAAAGCCCGGGCACGGAGGCAUACCCCCAAGCUUUAGUUAAUUAUCUAGACAACGACCUGGACCUCGUAUCUUAGUAAAUGCUCACUGACGACCAAAAUCACAAUCCAAAUUUUGAAAUGGAGUUUAACUUUGACGGUUUUUCUCAUCAGGAUUUAAUAGAGCGAAACCUCAAUAUGUAAUGCUUCCUUUAGACUUAUACUUCAAAGGAAUGUAUUGUGUGUCACCCGAUCCUAUAAUAGAUUUAUCUUAAUGCUAUUCAACCUGAUAAAUAGAUAGAUACCAAUAUCAGGAAUACGAAAUAUGACUUGAGUUAAAUUAUCAAGGAUAACUUGCACAAGAAGUACAUGACUAGCAAAGAUUUUUAUAAUGUGAAGAUCAUUAAUGAUAUCAUAUACAAUGAACCUACUCAUAUAGUAGCAGUAUUUAAGGAUUAUUUGAUAUAUGAUGAUCUCUCAGAAUUCAUGAAGAGAUUUUAUGAUGAAAGUGAAACCAACUCUAGGCUACCCAGGAUAACUGAGUUCUAUGAGAAGUAUUCUAAGGUUUUUCCGAAUUACGUUAUUCUGCCUGAGAGCAAAAUGAUGUACAAGAACAUUGAAAGAAAAUAGAAGAUCAUUGAUGACAAGUAGAGGUGUAUAUAAGCUAAGCAUUAAAAGAAAGAGGAGAAGAUCAAGAAGAAAAUGAUGAAGCUUAAUGGUGGAGUUAUGCCAAUUAGUGCUGAGAUAAACAAUAUUGAUGUUGAGAACUACGAGAGCUCGAUGUCUUGGCUGAAGAAUUCUAUGAGAUUCUUUGACACUAGAUUUAUGGAUAGCAUUAUGAAACAAGAAAAACUGCCUUCUUAAAACACUCAACAUUCUUCAUUUAUUCACUAGUCAUAGCUGCUUGACCAGUCAAACAGGAAAUCAGCUAAUAACUAAAGCUAUAGAAAUCAAAGUCAUUUAAUAAAGAGCUUUGCUGAUCUCAAUCUAGAACUGUUAGUACAAGCAUUCGUUACAAAAGAUAACUAGCAGUAGAUAAUUACUAACGAUUCUAAUGUAACUGCCACUCUAGAUGUUACAAUGUCUAGUUUUAAUCAUCAUGAGGAAUCAGAAAAAUUCAUUAAAGCAAUGGCUAAUGAAUAAUAAAAGCAAAAAGAGGUUAUCAUGAAAUAGAUGCAAUAAAGAAAAGUCUUAUAACAGUAAAUGCUGAAUAAUAAAUAAAUGUUGGCAAAUCAAUAAUAUGGUCAGCCUAUUUUAACUAAAGCUUCAAUCAGUUAAAAUUCAGAAAAAAGCUCUGUCGCAGGAUUUGCCAACGGAAUCCCUUAAAAAUUCAUCUUUAAUACUAAUGGUGUAAAUCCCUACCUUAAAUAGCAGAAAUAUUUUGAAAAAAUUAAGACAGACUAAAAACGAAGGUAAUCUUAAGGAUCUAAUAGCGUACAUAAUGGUAGUCCUAACUAAUAAACGCUUUAAUAAGCUCCAAGCCCACCAAAAGCAUAACAAUUUUAAUAAAUAUAUGGCACUAAUGACCCUAUCCCUAAAUAAGCAAUAACUAUGGUAAAAUAGGUGGCUAAUUAAAAACCAAACUAAGAUAAUUAAGCCAUUGUAAAGAAAAAAGUAAAAAAACAAGCAGUGAACUUGAAUCAUUAGCAACAAGAUUUUAAAAUCAAGCAUGGCUUCAACAUUCCACCUAAUGUCGUUUUCAGUCUAACUUAAAAUCAUUCAGGUUCUUAAACUCAGAGAGAAAAUCUUCAAAAGAAAAUGAUUGAUAAUCUUGUGCUAAAUUAAGAUCAGAAAAUGAAGAAUAAUUUCAGUCCAAUAGACAUGCAUGAUCAGGUCAAUUCUAAAAAACCAAGUAUCUUUGGUUAUAAUAACUAAGAUGCCAUUAUUAAGCCAUUCAAUCAAGGAACUGGCUCAUAGUCAGCUAGAGUAUUGAAUAAUAAUGAUUUAAAAAAGAAAUCAAAGCAAAACAAUAGUAGUUCUAAAGAUUCUAGAAAGCAAACCUACAAUACUAAUAAUUCCCCCUUUUAAAGCACUGCCAACUAUCAGACAGAUUUAAUAAAGACUUCAUUGGACUAUAAAUCUUAUACAGGAGGUAUUAGUAAUAUACCCUCUCUCAAAGGGUCUAAUCAUGAAAGAGAUAUCUAAUAGCCUGGCUUUCAAAAGAACUAAUCUACCAAGCCAGCUCUAGCAAACAGAAUGGAUGAUUUAAUUAGAGGAGAUUUGAUUGCUAACAACAGAGGCAGAAUGCCUUCUCCAAGAGACUAUUUAGAGGAAUCAAAGCAAUAGGAUGUUUCGAAUACUCUCAACAAUCAAAGUAAUCACAUGAAUAGCUACUAGUACUAGCAAGUUUAAAAUAGUCAGAAGUUUAUGAAUAAGCGUAAUCCUAAUAAAAAUCAACAGUAUCAAUAAAAUCACUAGCAAUUUCAGCAUGAGAACAAUAUUCAAACCUCCUCAACUAUUUCACACGGAACUAGCGGCUACAACUCUCAACCAACCCAUAACUAAAAUCUUUAACAGACAACAAACAGUUCUAAUUAAACAAACCAAAUGAUGAAAGUGAUGUCACUUGACAUUGCAGAUAUCAGUACUAACUUGAAUAACAACUCAAGAAACUUCUUAGCAAGACAGCAACAGCAGAUUCAGCUGUAAAAGUAGAGUAGAGGCAUGAACCCAAGGCAGAAAUCUGUUCCAAAGAACAAAACUAAGCAGCAAUAGCAUCAAAUACAAUAGAAUGUGGUUUUUAUUGGAGAUAACUAAAAUGCUUAACACUAUUAUGCUUCUUAAAUAUAAAAUAUGAAUUCUUCAAAUAAUGUUAAUGCCAGUUCAGGCAGACAAUCUCCAUUAACUAAUAGAAAUGCAUCAAGCAAUAAUCAGCUUCUUGAUUAGAAUAUGAUCAUGGCUAAUUAGUAUCUCAUUCAGCAGCAAGUCAUAGGGGGUGGAUACUCUUCAGUAGGCAAUAGAUAUGAUGGGUCUUAAGUCAUUCAGAAUAAUCGGUAAAUUAUUAAGAAAGUUUUGCAAACUAACAAGAACAGCAGUGGCAACAUUAAUGGGAAAUCAAACAGCCAAAAUAGAGUCAGAGAGAGCUCACCCAUGGAUUAUCAAGUUCAGAUGCUUGUUAACACAACACAUUAGAAUCCCAAUCAGAGAUAUAGAGAUGAAAGAUAGAGUCUUGAGAGAGUGCAGAGGAUUGGAAUACCUUAUCAGCAGUCAAACCUUUUGGUUGAUUCUGUUGAUCCUACCAAGAGAUACAGUCUCAAGGGAAAUUAGUCAAAUAAGUCGCCCAUAAUUGAGCCUUAGCAGACUUCCAGAGUGAGAGGCUCGAGUAAUAAUCCUAAGAAAAUUGUUAUUGGAAAGAAAACUAACAUUUUUGGACAAGCUGUGGGAGGAGCGUAACCAAACAAGGCAACAGGAAAAAUAAGAUAAAAUUUAAUCAAGUUAAGAUCAAUGGAGAAGAACUAUAGUGAAUAAUAGCAUGAUGUCUUUGACAAAGACUUCGCAGAUCACAAUUACAAGUUGAUCCUGGUUGGGCAUUAGCGAGUUGGAAAAACCAGUAUUAUCAACAGAUUUGUGAAUGAUAUGUUUAAUGAUAACGAACAGAGUUCUUAAUGCAUGCAAGUGCAGAAGAAGCUAAUCAAGAUAGAUCGAACUGAUAAAUGGGCUCAGCUACACCUUUGGGACACUCUUGGCUAAGAGCAGUACAAGUCUCUGAGUCCUCUGUACUUCAGAAAAGCAGUUGGCGUGUUUUUAGUUUUUGAUUGCACGAGCAUGGAAUCCUUCAAAGCUUGUGAUGGCUGGUUCGAGCAAAUGUCCCAGACAGUUGAUUCUAGAAUACUUAUUAUGCUCCUAGGCAACAAAUGCGAUCUCCCGCAGAGAGAGGUGCCCUACAACAUGGCGAUGGAGUAUGCGAGGAAGAAAAAUUUUGGUUAUUUAGAAGUGAGUGCGAAAUCUGGAGCUAACAUUAAAAAUGCAUUUAAUUGCAUAGUAAGAGAGGUUCACAGAAUAAGGUUGCAAGUCAAGGAUGAAACUGUCGAUCAAACGACUGGUGGAAGCAGUGGAGUAAAUGACACGACUAGACAAAAAGGGAAGUCAAUUAAAAUUAACUCUGAGUUGCACAAAGAUGAGGAUGAUUUGGACGAUGAAAAUUAGAAUUCUGAUAAAAAAGGCAAAAAAGGAUUGACCCCCUAGAAUUCCUCGUCAAUUAACCAGGAUCACAUUCCCAUGUAAUAAGAACGUACCCCGGAGUUCUGA